CCUCCCCUGAUUGGGCACAAGACCUUGUCUUCCCUCGUGGGUGCAGCAACUAAAGCCCAAGGACCUGUGUUGUCAGUCCAUGUUCAUGAACACUUUUGGGGCAGCUGUAGCUUCAACACCCAUUUGGCCACUGGGGAUUAUGGACAAACCCUGUAGAUUAUAUCUUUUGGGGUCAACGUAUGCAUAGAAAAUUAAAAACAGUUUCUAGGACUCUCAGUAGCUUCACCUUCAUGUGGACUUCCACGUUGUGCUGCAGCUUCCCCAGAGUAGCUCUACUGGCACAGCUACAGCCAGGUUCCCACCUGUAUGUUCCUUUUAACCAGGUGCUUGCCUGCUCUUUCCUGCAUCUCUUAGGAAGCUGAUGUCCCCCUUUGCAAUGGUUCUGAACCGUUAGGGUCAUGGAACUCUUUGAGAGUCUGCUGAAAGUUAUGAACCUUUCUCCAAGAAAACUGAGUGUGUCAGCCAGAGUGCAGGGCACUGUCUCGGAGGGUUCCUCAUCCUCUGCCUAGAUCAAACAUCUGCUGAUCUAUCUUCCUGGAGGUGGGCAUGAGGGUCAGGCCUCAGCUGUGGUGGGCGUCUGCAUCCUCAGGAGAGUACAGGAUGCGCAUACACACUUGGGACUAAUCUCACUUCCUGCUCUGUGGUUUUGAUAGAUCCUCUCUCUAUUUGACUAUUUUCAUAUAAUCAGAUAAUUGCGUUGCCAGGGGCCUACACAAUGUAGGCCUAAGGGGAAGUUUUUGUUACUUCCUUCAUAUCGGGACCUGAUUUCCUAACUGCAGUAAACAGCAGUUACUGGGGCCACUGUUGGCUUGACCCUGGUUUUGUUUUCAACCCCUACCUGAGUUUAGACCUAUUUCAAGGAGUCUGAGUCUCUUUUGAUUUGCCUGUCUGUUUAAGUCUUAGUCUUUUUGAAAGAUGUUACCUGUUCCAGUUCCCGGAAGGAUGUUGCCAACGAUGAUGAGAAUGCUAGUGCUGCUGCUGCUGCUGCCGCUGAGUCAGGCUGCUCCCAAGGAUGGAACCACGAGGCUGGACCCUGAAGAGCAGCAACAGCCCCUACCCAACCCCUUCCAGCCAGGCCAGGAGCAGAUCCGACUUCUACAGAGCUACCUAAAGGGACUGGAGAAGAUGGAAGAGGAGCCAGAGCACAUGAGCCGGGAGCAGGUUCUCCUCUACCUCUUUGCCCUCCACGACUAUGACCAGAGUGGACAACUGGAUGGCUUGGAGCUAUUGUCCAUGUUGACAGCAGCUCUGACCCCUGGAGCUGCUGACUCUCCCCCGACCAACCCGGUGAUCCUGGUAGUGGACAAAGUACUCGAGACCCAGGACCUGAAUGGGGAUGGGCUCAUGACCCCUGCAGAGCUCAUCAACUUCCCAGGAGAGGCCCCACAGCACACAGAGCACAAAGAGCCCCUGGAGCCACAAGAUGUUGGGAGGCAGCCCCUUUUAGCUAAAAGCCCACCAAGACAAGAAGCACAGGAAGCCCUGGAUCCCAAAGAAGAAGCUAGGGGACCGGUGGAGGCCAGAAUGGAGUCCUUGGAGCCUGUACAGGAGGCUGAGGGACAAGCAGAGGCUGGAGAAGCGCCAGGCCCUGGAGGGGAGGCUGGGGGACAGGCAGAAGCCAGGGACACAGGAGAGAAAGCAGCAGAGUUUCCAGGAGAAACACUGGAGUCUAAGAAUACCCCAAAUCAGAUUGAGGUUCAUGCUAUUCAACUGGAGAAUGAUGAGAUAUAAACUUUAAAGAUACAGGUUUGUACCCCUAGAAGUCUCAGGGCCAGAAUAUAAGCUCCGAAGGGUGGGAUGUGUAUGUUGGGACAAGGACCACCUCUGUGUCCCCUUCUUGGCCCCAGUAGGUGGCAGGUCUUUCUGUGCAGCUCAGGGAAACCCUAUGUUGAGGGACAGCUUGAGGACUCAGACAACCAAUAAAGAACUGAAUGAACUCACCCCCCUGGGCCAUCUGUCUACUGGUCCAGCCUGGGGUGCAGAGGGCCCCAGGGACACAGAGGGCUGGGGACUGGACAGGACUCUUGGAGAAGCAGGGAUUCAGCUUUCCAGUGUUCCCAGAUGGCGCUGAGACAUAGUAGAGUACAGCACCAGACAACCCGGGGAAGAAAGCUCAGCCCCUCUCUGGGGCCCAAACGCUCCCAUUCCCCCUUCACCUGGUGUUCAGACACCCAGUGCCUCCCUGCAGCUCAGGGCAGACCCUCCCCGUCACUCUGUAUCUGUCCCCCCAAUCAUAUUAACAAUAAUUACCAUUUAUUGAGAGCCUCCUACACACCAGCAUCAUGCUGGGCAUUUUAUAUAUUGUCUGAUUUUUAUCCUCACAAUAAUUCUAUGACCAGACAGAAUUAGUUCCAUUUGACAGAUGAGGAAAUUGAUGAAGACUGAAUUCAGUAAUGUACCCAGGGUGACCCAGCUAAUUAAGACGCAGGUUUGAAAUCAGGUCUGUCUGACUCCAAAGCCCUUGCUCUUCAUCACAUUCUGUGGCCUCACUCACCCUGCCCCAACUCCCCUGUGCAAGCCAGCCAACUGUGAUAUGAUCUCCCCCAAGGACAGCAGCACUCUGUAUCUGGGGG